AUGGGGGAGAAAGCUGCCCCCAAGACGCCGUCUCUGACCAAGAAGUCGAGCUCGUCCAUGUCGACCUCGGGAAAGCAGCAGAGCAUUCUGGGCUUCUUCUCCAAAUCUGCCCAGAAUGGAAGUGCUGCGGCGGCAUCCGCUGCCAAAGCCUCCGCCAAACCCACCAAGACCGACUCGUCGCCCUGCCUCAAGGAGACCAAAUCCAACUCGCUGCAGCUCAAUAAGAGACAGCGGCCAGCCAACGUCACCCCCGUGCCGAGCAGCGACGCUAUUGAGCCUUCGAGCUCCCAGGAGAACCACUCCGAGGCCACAGUUAAAGUAUUCAAGAAGUCGCUUCCCUCGCCCGUCACGCCCGCUGAGCUUCCAAUCAAGCAGGUCGCUCCGGCCAAGAUGGCUCUGGGAAGUAGUCCGUCUCGCAAGGUGAAGAAGACUGUUAGCUACGCCGAAUCUUCCGACGACGACGAGGACGUGGUUGUCUCUAGGAAGCCGGUUCGGUCUCAGCGGAACCGCGCGCGAGCUGUCGUGCAGGACGACGAGGACGACUACGAGGAGGACGGCCAAGACGCUGCAGCGGAUGAUGACGAGGUCGACAUGGAUGAUUUCGUGGUUUCUGACGACUCAGAUGCGCCAUCCAAGAAACGGAAGCGUCCUGCUCCCAAGGCCCAAACGGCCCGAAAACGGUCACACACUUCCCCUCCAAAGAUACAAGAAGACUACGAAGACGACGGCAUCGACGAGAUCAUGGAAGAAAUGCCAGCUACAUCCACAGCUCAGCAAUGGAAGUACGAUCCCAACAGCGUCAAUCCUGUAAAGAUCCGGACACCCAGCCCAGGUGCAUCCAAGUCCGCCUCUGCGAAACAGAAGGCCCACACCAGAGAGCCCGAGGAACGAUACACAUGGCUCGCCAAGAUGACCGACCUCAACCGCAACCCGCCGGGCCACCCUGACUAUGACCCUUCUACGGUCUUCGUCCCGCCCAUGGCCUGGAACAAGUUCUCGGCAUUCGAGAAGCAGUACUGGGAGAUCAAGCACAAGCUCUGGGACACCGUUGUCUUCUUCAAGAAGGGCAAGUUCUACGAGCUCUACGAGAAUGAUGCCACUAUUGGCCACCAGCUCUUUGAUCUGAAGUUGACAGACCGUGUCAACAUGCGCAUGGUCGGCGUCCCCGAGAGCUCACUGGAUAUCUGGGUCAACCAGUUCAUUGCCAAGGGCUACAAGGUUGCCCGGGUAGAUCAAAUGGAGAGUGCUCUAGGCAAGGAGAUGCGCGAGAGAGAUGGUCAAGCAAAGAAACAAGACAAGAUCAUCCGUCGGGAACUGGCUUGCAUUCUCACGGGCGGCACCCUGGUCGACGGAGCCAUGCUUCAAGACGACAACGCAACAUACUGCGUGGCCAUCAAGGAGUCGACGGUGGACGACCAUCCCGCGUUCGGUGUCGCAUUCGUGGAUGCCGCUACCGGCCAGUUCUUCAUCUCCGAAUUUGACGAUGACGUUGAUUUGACCAAGUUUGAGACUCUGGUGGCCCAAAUCAACCCUCGCGAGUUGCUACUUGAGAAGUCCCGUCUUUCGACCAAAGCUCUCCGGAUCCUCAAGAACAACACUGCCCCCACCACCAUCUGGAACUACUUCAAGUCGGGAGCUGAGUUCUGGGAGGCUGAUCUCACCAGACGCGAGCUAGGCUGCAACGAUUACUUCAAAGUUGAUGAGGACUCCGAAGACACUUGGCCAGAGGUUCUGGCCAAGGCCAAGGAUAAGGACCUUUUGAUGUCAGCCCUAGGCGCGCUGGUACAAUAUCUUCGUGUGCUCAAGAUCGAGCGAAGUCUCCUCUCUCAGGGCAACUUUACCUGGUACAACCCCAUCCACAAGAACGGCACCCUCAUCUUGGACGGCCAGACCCUGAUCAACCUCGAGAUCUUUGCCAACUCGGCGAACGGCAGCUCCGAUGGCACGCUGUUCAGCCUGCUCAAUCGUUGUAUCACCCCAUUUGGCAAGAGACUGUUCCGUCAAUGGGUCUGCCACCCCUUGUGCAAUAUCCAAAAGAUCAAUGAGAGACUGGACGCCGUCGACCUCCUGAACAACAAUGUUGAGAUGCGGGAGCAGUUCUCUUCACAAAUGACUAGAAUGCCAGAUCUGGAACGUCUCAUCUCCCGAGUCCACGCCGGGGCUUGCAGACCAGAGGACUUUGUCAAGGUUCUGGAAGGAUUCGAACAGAUCGAGUAUACCAUGAGUCUCCUUAACGCGUUCGACGGAGGCAGCGGGCUAGUCGACCGUCUCAUUUCUUCCAUGCCUGACCUCAACGAACCCCUGGCAUAUUGGAAGACAGCGUUUGAUCGCAAGAAGGCUCGCGAGGAGAAGAUCCUCAUCCCCGGACGCGGAAUCGAGGAGGACUUUGAUGAGAGCCACGAUGCAAUCGCGGAGAUCAAGGCCGAGCUAGACCGCCUUCUGGCGAGGAAAAAGAAUGAACUCAAGUCGAAGGCUCUCAAGUUUACAGACGUCGGCAAGGAGGUCUACCAGAUUGAGGUGCCAAAGGCCACCAAGGUCCCCAAGGACUGGCGGCAGAUGUCCGCCACCGCCAGUGUGAAGCGCUAUUACUUCAAGGAGCUUACCGAUCUGGUUCGCCAGCUGCAAGAGGCCGAAGAAACUCACUCUCAACUGGUCAAAGACGUGGCCUUCCGCCUUUUCAGGCGCUUCGACGUGGACUACGCCAGCUGGCUACAGGCCAUACGGGUAGUCUCACAGCUCGACUGCCUCAUCAGUCUCGCAAAGUCAUCGGCCGCUCUAGGAUCACCAAGUUGCCGCCCCGUGUUUGUUGACGAGGAGCGAAGUGUUGUCGAGUUUGAAGAGCUUCGUCACCCGUGCAUGAUCAACACAGUGGGUGACUUUAUUCCCAACGAUGUCGUCCUGGGAGGGGAUUCGGCCAAGAUCAAUCUCUUGACCGGUGCGAACGCAGCCGGAAAGUCGACCAUACUCCGAAUGUCAUGUGUGGCCGUCAUCAUGGCACAAAUCGGACACUACAUUCCCGCAACGAGGGCCCGGUUGACUCCCGUAGACAGGAUCAUGAGCCGACUCGGUGCCAACGACAACAUCUUUGCUGCGCAGUCCACCUUCUUCGUCGAGCUCUCCGAGACCAAGAAGAUCCUGUCGGAGGCUACUCCAAGGUCGUUGGUCAUCCUGGACGAAUUGGGUCGCGGCACCUCCUCGUACGAUGGAGUCGCUGUGGCACAGGCCGUGCUGCAUCAUGUCGCCACCCACAUCGGCUGUGUGGGAUUCUUUGCUACUCACUACCACUCACUCGCUACCGAGUUCGAAUCCCACCCGGAGAUCUGCCCCAAGAGGAUGCAGAUCGACGUGGACGAUGCCAAUCGCCGGGUGACUUUCCUCUACAAGUUGGAGGACGGGGUGGCUGAGGGCAGCUUCGGUAUGCACUGUGCCGCGAUGUGUGGCAUCAAGGAUAGCGUCAUCGAGAGAGCAGAGGAAGCAGCACGUGACUGGGAGCACACGUCGAGGCUGAAGGAGAGCCUGGAACGAGCCCGUGAAGGAUGCUGGAUUCCGCUUGGGUUGCUGAGUGACGUGGCCGCGGUGCUCGAUGACUCGAAGAGCGAGGAUCUCAGUGCGAAGAGCCUGGACGUCCUGCUCAAGUCGAUCGAGGCCCUUUGA